CUUUCAUUACAGCCUCAUAUACCAAACAUCAAGUUCAUCGCACGCACGGGCUACGGCGUUUCUCUGGUCAGCCUCAUAUUCGCUCUCAUCAUUCUUAUAUCUAUCAAACGACUCCGCUGUCCUCGAAAUUGCCUUCACAUGAACCUGUUCCUCUCAUUUAUCUUGCGAGCGACGAUCUUCCUCAUUAAAGAUCAAAUUUUCAUCUCUGGAGUAGGACCCUACGACAACUUCGACGGCAAUCAAGAGAGCGUUUUUUGCAAACUGUUCCUUGCCUUGUUCCACUAUACGCUCAUGGCCAACUACUGUUGGAUUCUCAUGGAAGGCCUCUAUCUCCAUAGCCUGGUCUUCCACGCGCUCAGCAACGACAAUUCCAGUAUCUCCAAGUACACCGUGAUGGGCUGGGGUCUGCCACUAGUCUUCAUUGUGCCGUGGACUGCAGCGCGAGCGGUGUGGGAGAAUAAGCUAUGUUGGACAACCAAUGUGAUAGCGUGGCAUCUUUGGAUCAUCAGAGGGCCUAUCACAGUUUCAAUAGUGGUCAACUUUUUCCUAUUCGUGAAUAUCACUCGUGUGUUGUUCGUGAAAAUGUUCGUGUCGCAGACUCCGAUGGCCAAGAGAUACAAGUACAGGAAAUGGUUCAAGUCUACUUUGGUCCUCGUGCCCCUGUUCGGCUCGCACUACUCGUUUCUUUUACUGGUCUCGAUCGCUGCUGAGCUUCUCUCGCCGCAAGUCGAAGUUUACUGGAUGUAUAUCGACCAAACGUUCUCAUCGUUUCAGGGCGUCCUGGUAGCUCUCCUGUACUGUUUUUUCAACACCGAAGUGAACGAAUCGAUGCGGCAGCUUUCUCGGCGGAAUCCACAGAUGAUUUAUAUUCGGCGGGUUUUGUCCGCUAGUCGUCGUCAACCUCCGGAAGCAGACGGGAGAACCUGUCCGCGAGGAGCCAUUAGGAGAUCAAGGUCGAUGGAGAACAGUUGUGAGAGAUCAGAUUUCUUCGUUCACGACCAUUCUUCGAACCCGUUUGCGCGAAAGUUAUCGACGACUUCAUUCACAGACGCUAUUCUAGUCCAUCCAUUAGGCGCCGGUCACUGCAAUCUCCUCCAAGUCAUGCCCGAAGUACAUGUCCUAACGACGGAGUCUUCCAAGGCGGCGAGAGAAGGAAUGCUGUAA